GUGAAAUGGGAAGGAAGAAACGCACAUAUCGAAGGCUUCCGGGCGAUUCGAUCCAACGCCCGCGGAGCUCAAAAGCUGUGCCACACGAAAAGUCAUCCGUCUUCGUACGCAAUCUCAAUCCUCUUGACCGUCCGUUCUUCGGAUUGGAUUCAGGGAGAUUUCGAAGAGGUUGUGGCUAGGAUGUCGAAUCCAAAGGUUUUCUUCGACAUAUUGAUUGGUAAGAUGAAAGCAGGCAGGGUUGUGAUGGAGCUCUUUGCAGACGUCACGCCCAAGACCGCCGAAAAUUUCCGCGCACUGUGCACCGGGGAGAAGGGGAUCGGCAGAUCUGGGAAACCGCUGCAUUACAAGGGAUCAACCUUUCACCGUAUAAUCCCAAACUUCAUGUGUCAAGGCGGGGAUUUCACUAGGGGCAACGGAACCGGAGGGGAGUCUAUAUACGGAAUGAAAUUUGCCGAUGAGAACUUCAAGAUUAAGCACACCGGCCUGGGAGUGCUGUCGAUGGCCAACGCGGGACCCGACACCAAUGGCUCUCAGUUCUUCAUAUGCACCGAGAAGACCCCGUGGCUGGAUGGGAAGCACGUCGUGUUUGGGAAGGUCGUAGACGGUUAUAACGUGGUUAAGGAGAUGGAGAGCGUGGGUUCUGAUAGCGGAAGCACGAGGGAAACGGUUGCAAUCGAAGACUGCGGUCAGCUAUCAGAGAAUUGAUGGCUAGCACUGUGUAGAAAGGUGAAUUUAAAGUACUUGUCUACACUGCUUAUUAAAUCAUUGUGGAUGAGCCCCUUAAAAUUUCUUAUGAUGCUGAACCUUAUGUCGCUCUUAUAAGACGUUCAAUUCACGGGAAUGAUCGAUUCAAUGUAUCGCUCGUCGAGAUAGUUCAAUUUCGAUGGCGCAAAACGCUGUAGUUAGAUCAUCGAGGUCUUUGUACGUAUCAGAAUGAUGCUUAUGGCUAAA